AUGCAAGUUUUGGCUGGUUCCCCACUUUCUGCUAGGCUCUACACGGGCGUGAGGUUUCUUCGGUGUUGGAGGACAACCAUAGUCCAAGCGUGGCAGGAGCCUUGUGGCAGCCCGCUAGUCCCCCCAGUGAAUAUGCAGCAUGAGGAUCUGCCGAGGAUGGCCCCGACGUGCCUGCGGUGCCUGCUGCGCUACCGCGCCGCCAUGCUCCUGCUGCUGCCGCCGCUGCUGCUGCUGCCGCUGCCGCUCGCCGUGCCCACCUCGGAAGCCAAAUGUGCAUAUAUCAUCAUCAUCAUGGCUGUGUACUGGUGCACUGAAGUUAUCCCGCUGGCUGUUACUUCCCUCAUGCCUGUUGUAUUUUUCCCUCUACUUGGAGUUCAGGACUCUAAAACUGUGUGCUUGCAGUACCUAAAGGAAACAAAUAUGCUUUUCAUUGGGGGGCUGAUCGUCGCAAUUUCUGUUGAACAGUGGAAUCUCCACAAAAGGAUUGCGCUGAAGGUCCUGCUGAUGCUUGGGGUGAAACCUGCACUCCUCAUGCUGGGAUUCAUGGGAGUCACUGCUUUCCUCUCCAUGUGGAUAAGUAACACAGCCACCACUGCUAUGAUGGUUCCCAUUGUCCAGGCUGUCUUGGAUCAAAUGGACAACACAGAUCAGGAUCAGACAGAAGAAGCAAGCGGGCAAACUAAUGCAGUGAUUGAGCUGGAGGAAAAGGACACAUCUGAUCCCACUUCAGUGCAGGUCAUAAGCAAUGGACAAGUCCCUGAUGAUUCCACAUCUCCUGAGGAAAAGGAAAGGAGGAAACGUAUAUGCAAGGGAAUGACACUUUGCAUAUGCUAUGCUGCCAGCAUUGGAGGAACUGCAACGCUCACUGGAACAGGGCCAAACUUGGUGUUGAAAGGCCAAAUGAAUCAGUUGUUCCCCAACAAUAAUGAUGUCGUGAAUUUUGCUUCCUGGUUUGGGUUUGCAUUCCCAAACAUGCUUCUGAUGUUGACACUAGCUUGGCUUUGGCUACAGUGCUCUUUCAUGGGCCUCAACUUUAAAAAAAGCUGGGGCUGCGGGACAGAGAAAACUGCUAAAGAAAAAGCUGCAUACAGCAUGCUGAAGGCAGAAAUGAAGAAAUUAGGCCCAAUCUCUUAUGCUGAAUUCAAUAUCAUCGCGAUAUUUGUUUUGCUGGUUCUGUUGUGGUUUAGCAGACACCCAGGCUUUGUAACAGGCUGGGCCAUGAGACUCUUCCCAAGAGGAGAUAAGUUUGUCAGUGAUGCCACUGUUGCUGUUUUUAUUGCCCUGCUACUGUUUAUCCUUCCUGCCAGUAAACCCAAAUUCAUGAAAUGGAAUCAAAGCAGUUCUGACCCUGAGGAGACUGAAGAAGAUUUGACAAAGCCAUUUUUAUCAGCCCCGCUGCUAGAGUGGAACGCAGUUCAGAGGAAGAUGCCCUGGAGUAUUGUGCUGCUGCUGGGAGGAGGCUUCGCUUUGGCUGAUGCAAGCACAGACUCUGGGCUCUCAGCUUGGCUGGGUCGGCAGAUGACUCCACUAGAAUCUGCUCCACCGUGGGCCAUUGCUGUAAUAAUUUCACUUGCUAUAGCUGUCUUCACUGAAUGCACCAGUAAUGUUGCCACAGCCACUCUCUUCCUACCUGUCUUUUCGUCCUUGGCCACAUCUAUCAAGAUCAAUCCUUUGUAUGUUAUGCUGCCUGGUACUCUCAGUGCCUCCUUUGCCUUCAUGUUACCUGUUGCAACACCUCCAAAUGCGAUAGUGUUCUCCUAUGGCCACAUCCGUGUGUUGGAUAUGGUUAAAUCUGGCAUAGUGAUGAACAUCAUUGGAGUCUUCUGUGUCACGCUGGCCAUCAACACAUGGGGAAGACCUAUGUUUGACCUGGACACAUUCCCAACCUGGGCAAACAACACACUAAGCAGUGAGCAGUGA